GGCAAAGUUGACCAGGCAGCUUGAAGAACAUGGACGACAGAUCUAAACCCUCUUCUCCGGAAGACUGUCUGUCUCAUCGCCUGGAAAAAUGCGAAAACAUCACGGCCGGACAUGAGUUGAAUCUCGCAGAUUUGCACCUUACAACUGUACCAAGCCAGAUCCUCAACAUGUCCAGCUUGAGGGUCAUGAAUUUACGCAACAAUAAUUUGGCCAGUCUCCCGAUUGAAUUCGUCGAGUGUUUUCCCCUGCUCGAAGUUGUCAACUUGGCGCAAAACCACCUCACGCAUCUGCCACCCGAUAUGGGCAGUCUGCAAAAGCUCCGGAAACUGUUUGCUCAGUCGAAUCAACUGCGGUCACUGCCCCUAAGUUUGACAGGUUGCACCAAGCUUGUGGAAUUGUUUGUCCAGCACAAUCGUAUCCAAGACAUUCCAGACGAGUUUGCGCUGCUUUCAUCAUUGCAAGUGCUGAGUAUCGCGCACAACGAGCUGAAGACACUACCAAAAGGCUUGCACGCGUUGGUCAAACUCAAAGUCGUGGAUUUAUCGGGCAAUCCUGACCUUACCGACGUCCCUGAGAACAUUCGCAGGCUGCACGAUCGCCACGCCGUGCUCCACUCCAAGCAAAUGCGGCGGGAACUCAUUUCUCGUGCGUUAAAGGUUAAACGUGCGGUGAUUCAAGCACUUCAAGCCCAAGCCCGUGAAGUCGCCGUCAAUUUGUCCAAGUGACGGCGUAUUUAUUGCAUGUUGCUACUUCAACUCUUCUAGCCACCACUUCAGAAAGACAGUGAACUGAAUGUAGUCGCCGUCCUGGUCUUCUAAGCUCGUCUUGGCGAUUUGCAUUUCCUCUUCGUCAAAUUCUUCACCGAUAUCCUUGAUCAACGCAGCGAAGUCCGUCACGCGAAUUGUGCCCGUGUUCAUCUUGUCGUACUUGGAGAACGCGCGUUUGAGAGCUCCGUACUGGUCCGCAUUCAGCCCCAGCGCAGCAAAGUCAAUGUUAUCUGCCUUGCUCAUCCUGUGUACGCUCAAUUUGAC